AUGAAGAUAGAGAGGCAUGGGAUGCGCGUAUGGGAUACUCCUCUCCUCCCAACCCUGCUGCUACUCCUCUCCUCCCUUCCCUGCUCCUACUCCUCUACGCCCUUCCCUGCUCCUACUCCUCUCCGCCCUUCCCUGCUCCUACUCCGGAGAAAGUUAAAUGCUCCUCCCUUCCCCCCUCCUACUCCUCUCCGCCCUUCCCUGCUCCUACUCCUCUCCUCCCCUUCCAGGCUGCUACUCCUCUCCUCCCCUUCCAUGCUGCUACUCCUCUCCUCCCUUCCUUGCUGCUACUCCUCUCAUCCCUUCCCUACUGCUGCUCAUCUCCUCCCUUCCCUGCUGCUACUCCUCUCCUCCCUUCCCUGCUGCUACUCCUCUCCUCCCUUCCCUGCUGCUACUCCUCUCCUCCCUUCCCUGCUGCUACUCCUCUCCUCCCUUCCUUGCUGCUACACCUCUCUUCCCUUCCUUGCUGCUACACCUCUCCUCCCUUCCUUGAUGAUACUCCUCUCCUCCCUCCCUGCUGCUACUCAUCUCCUCCCUUCCCUGCUGUUGCUCCUCUCCUCCCUUCCCUGCUGCUGCUCCUCUCCUCCCUUCCCUACUGCUGCUCCUCUCCUCCCUUCCCUGCUGCUGCUCCUCUCCUUCCUUCCCCCCUCCUACUCCUCACCUCUCUUCCCCCAUCCUACUCCUCUCCUCCCUUCCCCCCCUCCUACUCCUCUCCUCCCUUCCCUGCUGCUACUCCUCUCCUCCCUUCCCUGCUCCUACUCCUCUCCUCCCCUUCCCUUCUGCUACUCCCCUCCGCCCUUCCCUGAUGCUACUCCUCUCCUCCCUUCCCUGCUGCUACCCCUCUCCUCCCUUCCCUGCUCCUACUCCUCUACGCCCUUCCCUGCUCCUACUCCUCUACGCCCUUCCCUGCUCCUACUCCUCUCCGCCCUUCCCUGCACCUACUCCUCUCUGCCCUUCCCUGCUCCUACUCCUCUCCGCCCUUCCCUGCUCCUACUCCUCUCCGCCCUUCCCUGCUCCUACUCCGGAGUGCGGGAGGGAGAGCGUGAGGCUGAGAGAGAGGGAGAGCGAGAAGGUGAGCGAGAGGGAGAGCGAGAGGGAGAGCGAGAGGGAGAGCGUGAAAGAGAGCGUGUUGUGAAGCGUGAGGGAGAGCGUGAUGUGCAGCAUGAGGGAGAGCGUGAUGUGCAGCACGAGGGAGAGCGUGAGGUGAAGCGUGAGGGAGAGCGUGAUAUGACGCGUGAUGAGUCUUCUCCCUCUACUCCAGCAGGUGCCUGUGCGGAUGAUGCACAGAAUGUUCGUGGUCAUGGGGAGGGUGGGAGGGAGAGACGUGGCGCAGAGUUAGAUGAUCAGAGAGGGGUGUCAGGGAGAGUGAAGGCACGGGCCAGAAAUGCUGGAAAGAAGGCCGUUGCAGAGGUGGAAUCUUCAGAUGAAGAUGAUAGUUCUGAGGAGGAAUCAGGGAGUUCCUCCGGGAGCGAGGAGAAGUAUGAUGAGGAGGAGGACGAGAGUGAUGACGCUGAAUCUGAGUCCGGGAGUGAUGACGACGGUAGGAGAGGGGGGAGGGCACGAGGAGCACGCAACCACCGCUAUAGUGGAAAGCGUGGUCAUGCAACCGGUGGUAAGGCCGGUAAUGGACGUAAACGGCAGAGACGUCGAGAGCGUGCUCAAGGAAAGCGCACAGAAUCUGAGGGACCCAAUCGGCAUCGUAAGGAGCGUCCUGUUGUGAGACAGGACCUUCGCUUCUACGAUGAGAUGAGGACCUUGGGUCACUCGGAAGAUGCUGGACCGUCGAAUCGUCGGGAGACCGUUCGGAUGAAACAGGCAGCAACCAACGAUCCGUAUGCUGCCCUUGCUUCUACCUCAGGAUUGGGAAAGAGGGCGUCUCGAUUUCAAGAUCGGAGCGUGCGUGAGAACGCUGGCCAGCAGCAUGACAACACGCUCAAUCCAGCCGGUGGUGGUGACGAUCUGGCCUGGGGUGGGGGGGCUGGGAGCGAAUGA